AUGGUCACGUCCGCCAAAGGGACCAUGGAAAACCCAGGCUCCAACGUCAGGCAGAAGGCCGGUCUAAACCGCUCCAUCCUGUUCCAGGGCUGGUACGGCAUCAGAACCAAGCUGGAGUACAAAUGCCUGUGGUACGGGAGGACCUUUAUCGCCGUUCGGGCCAUGAACACCAGCCGCCUCUGCGGCCAGUGCGGGUCAAUCCAUUCAAGAAACCGGAAGUCUCAAGCAUUAUUCAAAUGCAAAGACUGCGGCUUUGAAGCCAACGCCGACGUCAACGCGGCAGAGAACAUCCGGCGCCAGGGGCUUGCCCUCCUGGCCAGGGCAGAAAACGGUUCGAAAGAACCGCCUGGGCGUGCCGCCGGAAUCCCUUCGGGUAAGCAAACGCAGAAAGCGGGCCUGGAAGAUUACGCUUCCAGCACCUGA